AAAAGCGUCGCUUAUCCAGCUCCUUACGGCAAUAAUUUCUGUUCUUCUUCAACUCGUUCUUCACCCACUCCCCCUCCUCCUCCUCCCGUUAAACCGAGGGAUUUUGUCCUCCCUCUCCCCUACUCACGCCAGAGACGUCAGGACGUCUCUGCGCCAAAUACCUCUACAUGUCCAUGGGUGCCCUCCUCGUACCCACCUUCCGCUCUUCUCCCAACCUCCUAUCUCUCCCCCUCGAGCAAUACAUAACCCACCUCAUCACGCACACCCACCUUCCCUUCUCCAUCAUCCCAUGCACGCUCAUCCUUGUACACAACGUGCGCAGAUCCUUCCUGGACAAUCCCACGCGAAGCAAACACUUUUUAUGCGUGUUUGAUCCGCACAAGUUGUGGGCUGGGUUGUUUAUCAACGCUGCGCGCGCUUUGUGUCCUUCCAACCCCAAUGUGAAGAACUUGGAGUAUUGGAGCGAGGUGGCGGGGAUACCGAUGAAGGAGAUUGAGGGUGUUGUGAGGGAGUAUUUGAUGUUGACGGUGCGAGAUGUUGUUUCAGAGUGCCUGAGGUUGAGCGGAUGGUUGGGAGGUUAAUGAGGGUUGUGGAGGGGCGGGAAUGGAAUGCUUCGUUUGAGGAGAAGUUGGUGGGGAUUUUAGGAGGAAGGAAGUGAAUUACUCGUUUGAUGAUGAUAGAAAGUGAAUAGUGACGCCUGGCGCGUUCCCCGCUCAAUUGCUUGUAUAUCUUGUUUCUAGUUGUUUGCUACGUACGAAUUUAUGGUUUCGUGUCUCUGUCUCU